AUGUCUGUCUCAACUCUUGCUUCAUUUGAAUACCUGGAAAGAUUACCAGGUACAACUUUCAGGCGGUUGUAUCAGCAACCUUCUACUUCUUUGGCCAUUUUCAGGCGCAUGCUGCCUCAUCUUGCUAAAACCUUUGUGAUGGCACUACUCUAUAUGCCUAAGCCUUUGCCCCUCACUGUUCUGGAUCAAUGGGUACAACCUAAGAGCAAGAAGCAGAAAGAUCAAGCCCUAUCCUUACUAUCGCGACUGCAUAUUGUCGACAUUACUGCGCUGAGCCGAGAAGAUCCUCAAACAGUAGCUUUGACUAAGAACUUUGGAGCCUCUCUACGACUGGCACUUACAGGUGGAGGAAAUCAUCAAUCUUUCGGGGUUCCUUCGUCGGACCAUAUUGCGCCACAUGUUGAUAUUGACUUCUUGGAUACACAUGCUCGAAUACAAUGGGAAGGGAUUCUGCAUUAUAUGGUCAACACUGUUACAUCCGGGUCAGGGAGAGAUGGAAAUGGGCCUGCAAAUUCAGUCAAGGCACUACUUGAUGCAGGAAAAUUGGUGACAAGAGGUCGAAGUAUCGGUAUCACUCAAGCUGGAUUCUCAUUUCUAUUGCAAGAAGCCAAUGCGCAAGUCUGGACUCUGCUCCUUCUAUGGAUUGAAAAUGCUGAAAGUAUGGGAAUGGACUCCGUCGAUGUACUUUCUUUUCUCUUCAUGCUAGGCUCCCUCGAACUCGGACGUGCAUACAGCACUAAGACUCUCACAAACGCCCAGCAAGGGAUGCUGGCUAAUCUCAUUGACUUGGGGCUGAUCUACCUCCCUCCUUCAGCCCCUACACAAUUCUUUCCAACACGUCUAGCCACAACUCUCACCUCUGAUGCCAGCGCACUUCGCACUGUGGCUGCAGGAUUCGAUGCCGCCUCCAAAUCUGCCGCCAGCCAAAAGGGUUUCAUAAUAAUCGAGACUAACUACCGCCUAUACGCUUAUACAAAUUCACCCCUCCAAAUUGCCGUCCUUUCACUCUUCACCAAACUCAACACUCGUUAUCCUAACAUGGUCAGUGGCCGCGUCUCUCGCGAUUCUAUCCGUACCGCCAUAGCUCAUGGCAUUACAUCCGACCAAAUAAUUACCUAUCUAUCCACCCAUGCGCAUCCUCAACUCGUCAAAGCUUCUUCCGCGUCCCAUGGAGGACCUGUACUACCACCCACAGUCGUUGAUCAAAUCCGUCUCUGGCAAUUGGAAAACGAGAGAAUGAAAGCCGUGCCAGGGUUCUUGAUGAAGGAUUUUGAGACCCAGAAGGAAUACGAGGGUUGUGCGAAAUAUGCUGAGGAGGUGGGAGUAUUGGUUUGGAAGAGUGAUGCGAAGAGGAUGUUCUUUGUUACGAGGGUGGAGCAGUUAAGAGAUUACUUCAAAGCGAAGAAAAUAAGAUAG